CAGGGUACAGUAGUCCCUCGAUUGCACCGGCUUUCGGGAUUUAGCUAAUGUGACAACACUAGCUUUCGGAAUCUCAGAUUGAUACGAAGUAAGGAACAGCAAACCGUGUAAUAGCAACAACAACAAUAAGAAGAAACAGUCGAUUUUGAUGUGAUUGAAGGCAGAGAUAAAGACCGAUAUGUGAAGCCGGAGACAAAGAACAAAAAUCUGCACCGCCCAGGACCCUCUCCCUCAGGUGACGCGACUGACGCCCCUCUAUGAAUCACGGCACAAGUGUCCUGGCUUGCUUCGCUCAUUAUCACUUCAUACACGGCAGAAACAACGUGCAGUUCAAACAUCAGAAAACGGGCCGACAAGAUGGGAUGGGUGGCUACAGCAAAAGUUGCCCUUCUGCUAUUUAUUCUCUCCGCCGAGUUUAACGUAGGACUGCAAGAAAAGAGUGCAUCAAGAAGUUUUACAAUUGAUUAUGCAAAUGACCAGUUCCUUAAGGAUGGUGAACCUUUCCGGUACAUGUCGGGCUCUAUCCACUACUUCAGAGUCGUGCCCUCUGAAUGGCAGGACCGGUUGAGGAAAAUGAGGAUGGCAGGAUUUAAUGCUCUGCAGACAUAUGUGGAAUGGUCAAGCCAUGAGCCAGAACCAGGAAUUUAUGACUUUUCUGGUAUUUUGGACUUGGAGACUUUUCUGAAAACCGCUCAGGAGGAAGAUUUAGUUGUGAUCCUACGCCUUGGACCAUUUAUUGAUGCUGAGAGAGAUAUGGGAGGCUUGCCUUACUGGUUACUCAAUAGGAACCCAAAUAUGCAACUUCGGACUUCUGAUCCCUCUUACCUAAAGUAUGUGGAUGACUGGUAUAGUAAUGUUCUACUACCAAAGGUUAAGCCACUCCUCUAUGAAAAUGGAGGACCUGUCAUUAUGGUACAGGUUGAAAAUGAAUAUGGCAGUUAUGGAGCUUGUGACUUUGCUUACACUUCUCAUAUGCGAGAUCUGAUAAGAAGUGGGCUUGGUGACGAUGUUCUCCUCUUCUCGACUGAUGGUUCAGGAACUGGUUAUCUGAAAUGUGGGAAGAUACCUGGUGUAUACAGCACUGUGGAUUUUGGAUCAGGAGGUGAUGUCACAAAGCCAUUUGGAGCUAUGCGGCUCUUUGAACCAAGAGGACCUCUUGUGAACUCGGAAUAUUACCCAGGAUGGCUUGACCACUGGGGUGCACCUCACAGCACAGUUAACACAGAGACAGUUGCUAAAUCGCUAGAUGACAUGCUGGCCCUGAAUGCAUCUGUUAACAUGUACAUGUUUCAUGGUGGGACAUCAUUUGGCUUAAAAGCAGGUGCAAAUCAGGGAUCAAAAUAUCAAGCCUGCCCAACUUCCUAUGACUACGAUGCCCCUCUGUCUGAGGCUGGGGAUCCCACAGAGAAGUAUUUCGCCAUUAGGAAUGUUGUCAAGAAGUACUUACCCCUUCCAUCAGGUUCAGUGCCUCCUGCCUCACCAAAAUACAGCUAUGGAAAGGUGCAAUUGGCCCCUCAAGGAAACAUGUUCCAGUUCAAAUCUGUUCUUCAGUCUGUCACACAGAAAUGGCCCCUCACUUUUGAACAGCUGAUGAUGCCAAAUGGCUUAGUUAUGUAUGAGACUGUGCUUCCUUUCAGAAUUGCUGAUCCAGCUGUACUAAGCAUCAGUGAUGUCCAUGACCGUGGGUAUGUAUUUGUAGACACAUACUUUGUCGGCAUUGUAUCAAGGGAGCAGCAACUGUUCAAUCUGCCUCUGUCAGCACUCCCUAAUCAGACCAUCACAAUUGUGGUCGAAAGUCAAGGAAGGAUAUGCUUUGGCAACGGGAUCAAUGACUUCAAGGGUCUGACAACAAAUGUGACAGUCAAUGGCUACAACUUGUCAGGAUGGAAGAUGACUCCCAUACCACUGACUAAUAUAACAAGGUUGAGCUCUGCACUCAAAAAGCUCCAUGAUAUGACCACUUCCCUUGGCUUAUCAAGAUCUGAACUUACUGGCACUCCUCGAGGAGGCAUGGCUAUCUAUCAAGGUUCCUUUAAUGUUCCAAAUAAUUCCUCACACCCUCAGGAUACCUUCCUUCGUUUGGAUGGCUGGGGGAAGGGAAUAGUUUGGGUGAAUAACUUCUGUCUUGGUCGAUACUGGCCUGAGGUGGGGCCACAGGUGACGCUCUAUGUGCCCAGAGGAAUCCUGAAGAAGGGCGCCAACACGAUGCUAGUAAUGGAACUUGAGGUAUCCCCCUGCAGCAUUGCCAGCCAGUGCUAUGUCACGCUGCAAGACACUCAUGUGAUUAAUGGCCCAACACCAAAGUGAUUUACUUAGAACUUAAUGAUUGGAAAAACAAGGAGAAAAUAAAUUAUAUUAAGUUUUUUUCUAACAGUUAUAUAUGAUUUUUAUUUUACUUAAACUUGUGCAUUAUGAUUGAACAAAUAUAAGCAAUUUUAACAGAAGAGAUAAUGUAUAAAUGUAUAAACUUAACUGAUUAGAUAAUGAUAGUACAUACAUUUUUAUUAAACCAAUACUUGUUAUCAUAAACUGAAAAAUAAUGUGUAAGGUACAAAUAUUACAGUUAUCUUUUAUAUUAGAUGUGUUAGCAAAGUUGCGUCAUAAUGACGAAAGAUAAAGAAUAAGAUAAAGUUUAAUUAUUAAUGUUAAAAGCAAUAUAUUUCUGUUUCUUCUUUGAUGAUUCCAAUUUUAAUGCCUCUAGAAAUAGCUCUAGAAUAUUUUACAUUCCAGAUAUCAUUUAGAUGGUAAUUAAUGUAUGAUUAUUACCAUAGAAUUGUAGUUUGUGUUGGUUUUGUAAUUUACACUGCCAGAUUUUUUUUUUUUAUAGGGAUUAUAUUUAUACAUAAUAAACACUUCUCAUAUUACAAGUCUUAA